UAAAAGGAAAAAGAAAAUGGCAAUUGAAGCUUGCACUAGGUUCUGGCUGUGCUUACCUCAUGUCAGCCGGCAGGGGCUCGCCAAGCGAUCCGAUUCUGCAGCUUUUUAUGGAGUUUGACCGAUGGGUAUUAAUGGAGUAACUCUUUCCCCCAUAACCCAUUGGAAUUUCCUUCCCCUAUUUCAUCAUGUUCCGCCAUUUCUUCGUUUCUCUCUUUCAUCCCUUCCAAUUCCCAUGGAUUUCCCUUCCCUUCUUCUUCAUCUUCUUCCUCCUCCUCAACAUCGCUUCAACCACCACCAUGGUCCAACAUCAGAACCCAGGAACCGAAGCCCUAUACGAUCAACAUUGCAAUCAAAUUGUUCCCAAAUCGCCUUUAGACACCGACCCAUCUUCCUUCGCCGUUGCCACUCCCAGACUCCGGUUCAGGAACAGUUACUUCUCUGGUGGCGAUAAGAUUGUCGGCCAAACCCCAGGUUCGGCCCCUGUUUCUCCUAGAUAUGUGUUUCUUUAUACCCUCAGUGCCCGUAAAACCGUCUCCCCUGGCGUGGUUAAACUCCAAGCUAACUUGGUUCUUCGAGGCUCCACGUCGUAUCUUGAUUCUUUUGACAAUUCCAAGCACCGUCGAUUGCGAUUGGUUCGGUACCGAGGACCGAAGACUCAGCCAUGGAAGCGGAGGGUAGGAUUUGCGCUUGAUGGGUUUUGGUCAGAAACAUCUGGGAAGGUAUGUAUGGUUGGAUCAGGUACCAGUUUCACGAAUUCAGGGGAUUUACAGAAUUUGAAUGUCGUUCUAAAGCUGGAUUGUCCUACAAAUGUGACCAUUUUACAUAGUUUGAUUACUGGAACUUUGGAAAGUUUGAAUGACAAUAAUGGUCUGCAAUUUUUUGAGCCUGUUUCAAUUUUGAGUCUAGCCCAGAGUACGGAUUACAAAUAUACAUUUAUAGAUGAAGGAGUUGAGGAUUGCUUGAGUGGGAAUCAUAGAGGUCUAAAUCUAUCUCAAAAUGUAUGUUCUGUUAUUGGUAUGCUUACUGAUACGUUUGAGUUGGAGUAUGAGAGUGACUGUGAUGAUGUGAACUGCAAUCCUUUAGGUAACAAUGUCAAAGACUUGCCUGUUUUAAUGAAUUAUGAAGGACUUGAGUGUACCCAUGAGGGAAAAGUGCGAAUGUUAUUGCACUUUGUGAACUCAAGCUUUCAUGUCAAUAGAUAUUCUUUAGUACCUAGUGACACCUUGAUUGCUGAAGGAAUUUGGGAUCAGAAGGAAAAUCGGCUUUGUGCUGUUGCCUGCCGAAUCCUGAACUAUACCCAAUCGUUAACAGAUGCUUCUGUUGGAGAUUGUUCGAUAAGGUUUAGUCUGAUAUUUCCUGCUGUUUUCUCUAUCAGAAACCGAAGUUCUAUUGUGGGUCAAAUUUGGAGCACCAAGUCUGCAAAUGAGUCGGGUUACUUUCAGAAAAUUCUGUUUCGUAGUUAUAAUGAUAUGUUGAUAGAUCCUUCUCAAGUCAAAUAUGAAUAUACUGAGGUUGGAAUGCAAAACUCUUGCCCCCAAAGCAAGAAUGUUCAUGGUAAGGACAAGACGUACCCUAAUGAGAAUUCAUCUGACAUGAGGUUUUAUAUGUCCUUAAGGAACAGCAAAGGGCAGAUUGCAAGGGGUUAUGCAUCACCAUUAUUUUAUGGUCAGCGUCCUUAUCAGAAUGGUGUAUAUCGAGGGUUUGGAAACGUUUCUCUGUCAUGGGAAAGAGAAUCUCCAGUUGCAAUGCCCAUCUACCGAAAUGGUCUCCUGAACAUUAGCUAUAGGAUAAGUUUCAGCUCUCCUGAUUUCAAGUUAGCUGGGGAGAACUUUUCAUCAAAAAGAGUGUUGAUUUCUGCCGAAGGAAUUUAUGAUAAGAGUACUGGUUCUUUGUGUAUGACAGGAUGCUGGCAACGAGAGUUGACGAAAACUCGUAUACUGGACUGUCAAAUGGUUGUCAAAGUCCAAUUUCCACCUUUAGAUGCGAGUGGGAUGGAUCAUAUUCAGGGAACAAUUGAAAGCAAAAGGUCAAAGUCAGAUCCUUUUUAUUUUGAUAGUCUGGAGUUGUCUUCAGUUUCAAUUUAUACGAAGCAAGCUCAAGAAUCCAUAUGGAGAAUGGACCUUGAAAUCACCAUGGUUCUGGUUUCCAACACCCUUGCAUGUCUUUUUCUGGUCUUGCAACUCUUUUACGUAAAUAAACAUCCCGAGGUGCUUCCUUUCGUCUCUGUUUUGAUGGUGGUAAUUAUGUGUUUGGGACACAUGAUUCCUCUUCUACUGAACUUUGAAGCUUUGUUUGCAGCAAAGCGUAAUCAGCAGAAUGUAUUUCUUGGCAGUGGGGGAUGGCUUGAAGUGAAUGAAGUAAUCGUUAGAGUAGUAACAAUGGUGGCUUUCCUUUUACAGUUGCGUCUUCUCCAGCUCACUUGGUCAUCAAGACAACGCAAUACAAGUGAGAAGGGCUUGUGGGAUUCUGAGAAAAAAGUUACUUAUCUGACUUUACCAUUGUAUGCAGUCGGUAUUUCGAUUGCUUGGCUAGUUUACAAGUGGAAAAUUUCUUACAAUAGCUCAUACAGGCCAUUUUUUCAACCAAUCCACAAAGGGUAUCGAGUCAUUCCUGCUCGGUCGCUCGGGUACCAGCAAAACUCCUUCUGGGAGGUUCUCAAAUCGUUCGCAGGUUUAGUCUUGGAUGGUUUUCUUGUCCCACAGAUCAUAUUCAACCUGAUAUUCGAUUCCAAGGAAAAGGCUCUAUCCUUCUCCUUCUAUAUGGGAACCACAUUUGUACGUCUACUACCUCAUGCUUAUGACCUUUACAGGGCUCAUCAUACCAGCUGGUACCUUGAUUUAUCAUACAUAUAUGCAAACCACAAACUAGACUUCUAUUCCACUGCUUGGGACAUCAUCAUUCCUUGCACUGGUCUUCUAUUAGCUCUUCUCAUAUUCUUGCAGCAGCGCAUCGGUGGUCGAUGCAUACUUCCGAGAGUACUUCGUAAACAGGGUCCUUCAUAUGAUCAAGUGCCAACCAUAAGCAAUGAGGAAUUGUAAUAUAGGAUGACAGUUUGUAUUUUGAUUAUUGCAAAGCUUCCUUGACUUUUGAAUCAUACACAGAAAGAGCAAGUUGUUUUCUCAGAGAUAUUUUGCCUAAAUUGUAUUUGAUCAACUGGAGAAAAGAUUGAUCAUGUCACUUUAAGGCAAAAGAUAUGAAGAAAAGGUUUCCUAUUGAUCUUUA